AUCAUCAGCAGCAGCAGCAGCAGUAGCAUCAGCAGCAGCAGCAGCAGCAGCAGCAGCAGCAGCAGGGACUGGAAGGAUUUUACUAACACAGACCAGGUGUCAGACACCUCCCCUGCUGUGUCCUGGGAGGCUCGUUCCUGGAUGUUGACAGAGGAUUCGAGACUCCCCCAGGAUAGCCCAGACACCACCCUCCAACUAGGAGACACCUCAGCCUCAAUGUCUCACACAGCCGUCCACACUGACAGCACAUACACUUCCACCACCAUCACCAGAGCUGGGGAGAGGACUCUGCUGUCUGUCUCCUCCUCUUCCAGCAACAGCACCUCCUCUGCUUUCACAGAGGACUCCAACUCCCAUCAGCCCCCCUCCACCUGGAGUGCUUCAUCUAGGGCCACAGAGACUGAGGGCUACACCCACAGUGCCCCGUCCACCAGAACUGACAGCAGGGACACAACAGACCAGCACAUGACACACUCCUUCAGGGGGAUUCCCUCAGAGACCGGGACUCCAGGAGGGCCCAGAGGAACCCAAAGUUUAACCAGACAACCUAACACCACCCAUCAUCAGUACUCAUCAACUGCAGAGGAGACCUCCGACUCGACACCACCCUUCAGAGUGACCGAGCUCAGCACUGACCAAUCUGAAGUGUCUGUUUCUUCCACACCACCUGUCACCUCACCUGCAGAAGGUCCUACAAACAUCUCAGGGACAGAGCAGGGGUCGGGCUCCAGUGUUGUAACCUCCACUGAGUCCUCGUCCACCGGAGCCCACAGCUCCAGCACUCAGAACCAGCAGGGCACUGAGGAGGUUUCAUCCCAGACCAGGGAGGACAGCGUGGACUUGGGUGUGACCACAACUUCCCCUACAGUCAGCAGCAGUACAUCCAAAGUGGACAAUUCUCUAACAGACACUCCAGUGCUGGUCACUGAGGUCUUCUUCACCACCACACCUGUCACUGUAACAGAAAGAUCACAGAUAACAGAGGAAGACACUUUCAAAGCCACUUCCUCUGCCUCCACCACCGCUGCCACCAUCACCUCCAUCCCUCCUCUACCUGCAACCUCAACCUCCAGCUCCAGCUUUAGUAGCCCUGCUAGCAGCUCUGCUCCAGAGUCACUUACUGAGGCUACCAUCCCAUACACCACACCCUCCACCACAGCCUCCACCCUGGCCCUGCUGACCUCUGCGGUGCACCCAACUCAACACGUGUCGCCCAGCCAAACCCAGGCUCCCUCAACUGGGAUGGCUAACCCCACAAACGCCCCCACCCUGCCGAUAGAAACAAGCACAAGCACUCUAGGAAUCACAACGACUCAAAGCCAGCGCAUCACUACCACCUACACCCACAGCACCCCAACCAAGAGUACAGAGACUCUUCAGACCACUAGGAGACAGACAGACAGAGGAACUACACAGCUGGUGGGGACGACGUCGCCAACCAAGGCACCACCACUGCCAAGAAACCCGUGUGUGUCAAACCCUUGCAUGAACGGAGGGAUGUGUGUGAGCUACAAAGGGCAUGAAUACACCUGCCACUGUCAGCAGGCAUGGACAGGACCGACCUGCAGCCAUGAUGUGGAUGAGUGUGAGAGGGACCCCUGCCCUGUUGGCUCCAGGUGUGUGAACAUGCGAGGUUCCUUCAGCUGUGAAUGUCCGCUCGGCUUUGACCUGGAGGAUGGACGCACCUGCACCAGGGCGAAGACUUUUCUGGGAACUUUCAGUAUUAACAGACAGCCUCAUGACCCGGUUAUCUUCAAGAGCGCCACCAUGCAUGAGAUUCAGAGAGAGAUCAUUCAGCUGCUCAAUGCUUCGCUGUCAGUCCUCCGAGGUUACAGCCGAUCAACGCUAAGUAAGAAAGGAGAGGAUGGAGUUCGGAUUUUGGCUGUCAACAUGUUUUCCAUUUCCGCUGAUGUGACGAGCACAGAGGUUUACAACAGCAUCCAGAUGUCUCUCAGCAACUGCAGUUCCUCGGUGGCCCACUGCCGGAUGGUGCUGCACCACCAGCUCUCUUAUCAUGUGGAAAGUCUGUGUGUGGCCCAGAAGACUCAGUGUGAUACAGAGCGCUCCACCUGCACAGACAGCAGCGGCACGGCCCGCUGCCAGUGUCUUCAAGGAUACUACAAACACAACCCCGACGAUCUGUCAUGCCUAGAAUGUGGGGAUGGCUACAAGCUGGAAAAUGGAACCUGUGUCCCGUGCAUGUUCGGAUUUGGAGGAUUCAACUGUGGAAAUUUUUACAAGCUGAUUGCAGUCGUGGUGUCACCUGCAGGGGGCGCUCUGCUCCUCAUCCUCAUCAUCGCUCUCAUUGUCACCUGUUGCAAGAAAGACAAGAAUGACAUCAACAAGAUCAUCUUCAAGAGUGGAGACCUGCAGAUGUCCCCGUAUGCAGACUUCCCCAAAAAUAACCGCAUAUCCACAGAGUGGGGCAGGGAGACCAUUGAGAUGCAAGAGAACGGCAGCACCAAGAACCUGCUGCAGAUGACCGACAUUUACUACUCUC